AUGAUUUGGAUGCCUUUUUCACCUCGUUGGCUGAUCCACCACGGCCGCGAAGAAGAAGCUCGAAAAGUUCUUGCAAAUCUUCGCGAUCUGCCUGAGAACCACGAACUAAUCGAGCUCGAGUUCCUUGAGAUCAAGGCUCAGUCCCUGUUCGAAAAGCGCAGUACAGCUGAACACUUUCCUCACCUCCAGGAACAGACUGCUUGGAAUACCUUCAAGUUGCAAUUCGUUGCUAUCAAAGCUCUUUUCCAGACCAAAGCCAUGUUCAAGAGAGUCAUCGUGGCAACGGUCACAAUCGCUUCGAGGUUUUUCCAACAGUGGACUGGAAUUAAUGCUGUACUGUAUUACGCACCUCAAAUCUUUGGACAACUGGGUCUUAAUGAGACAACUACGAGUCUGUUGGCUACUGGUGUAGUCGGCAUUGUUAUGUUUAUUGCUACCAUCCCUGCAGUUCUUUGGAUCGAUCGUGUUGGUCGUAAGCCAGUCCUCGCCAUCGGAGCCAUCGGCAUGGGAACUUGCCAUAUCAUUAUUGCCGUCAUUCUUGCCAAGAAUAUUGACCGUUUCCACGAGCAACCGGCCGCUGGUUGGGCCGCUGUCUGCAUGGUCUGGCUGUUUGUUGUUCACUUCGGAUGUUAG